AUCCACGUCACGACUCCUCGGUCGCGCUUCGAUGAUGUCAUGGUAGAGGUGCAGCGUGGGACAAACAUGGCAGCUUCCAUAUCACAGCAGCUCGAGGAUUUGUUAAAUCCUUUACCAAAAUUCGUGGAUCCCGAGGACGACCAAGAUGAAGAGACAAAAGCUAAAGUCAUAGAGAAGUUCGAUGAAGGUGGUGAUGAUGAUGAUGAUGAUCCUUUAUCUGGCCAUCUGCGGAGGCGCUCCGUUGCCAUUCUGGCUGACGGUGAUCGUCGAUAUUCUGGCAAGGCAACAUCCAGAAAAGAUCUACAGAAAGAGUUGGAUGGAUCAGUGGAUGAAGAUUAUGAUGAUGAUGAUGAUGAUAAAGAAGAAAAUGAAAUGCUGGACAGGUACAUGGAGUGCAUCAAAGAUGAUGAUGAUGAUGAUGAGGAGGAGGAUGAUGAUGAAAUGGGUGACCAUGAUGAUGAUGAUGUCGAGGAGGAUCUCAAUGAAGAUGAUAGCUCACAGAUGUCCAGCUUGGUCUCUAAAAUGAAGGGCACAGACUUUAUGAAACUCACAGAGGGAAUGGAUGAUCUGGGAGACAGUGAGGAAGAAGAGGACUCAGCAACCAGUGAAGGAGAGAGUGAGGUAGGCUCUGAGGAAGAUGAAGAGGAGGAGUCAGCCUUGAGGACCUUCUCUAAAGAGAAAGUUGAUGAAGAAGUCGAAAAAGGGAAAGCAGUGAAAAAUCAGCUCGCUCUUUGGGACCUGUUGCUUGAAAGGCGAAUCAAAAUGCAGAAAGCUCUUGUGACAGCCAAUCAGCUUCCACAGCCACAGACAUUCCCAGAGUUCAAGAGCAGGGGAGGGGCUGAAUAUGCUGAAGCUGUAAAAAAUAGUCAUAAAGCCCUGAAGGCUUUACAGAGGUCUCUGCUGGAACUCCAAGAUCUGCUGCUCUACCAAAACCCUGAAACCAGAGCUAUUUCUCAGGGCAAGACCUGGGGAGCCAGCAGCAGUCCUAAAGAUGAUGAAGAGAUUAACAGUGAGGAUGAUAUGGAAAAUGGUGAUGAUGGCCAAGAGGAAGAACAGGAAGCAGUUCGGAAAGGACCCCCCAAACGAAAACUUGAAAUGGCAGAUUAUCCCAAAUUUAUGGCCAAACGCUUUGCUGCUUUUCUGCCUUACCGUGAUGCCACCUUGCAGAAAUGGUAUGACAAGACGCGGCUUACAACAGGCAAGAGCAAUAAGGGUUUUGGGGCUUUUGACAGGAACAUCUUGACACAGGUGGAGCAGGUUUUAAUGGACAAAGAGAGGCUGCUGAGACGUACACAGACGCGAAGGUCUGAAUACAGAGUUCUAGGGAAGCCUGAGCCCAUCACACCUGAAAUAGACAGCAGCGUCACAGAGGGAGAGGCAGCUGAAUUGGCACUGAAAGCUAAUGUGCACCUCAAAGAUAUGGACGAGGAGAUUUUUGAUGACGAUGACUUUUAUCACCAGCUACUUCGAGAACUUAUUGAGCGCAAAACAAGUGCGACAGACCCCAAUGAUCAAGUGGCCAUGGGAAAGCAGUGGCUUGCCAUCCAGAAACUACGAAGUAAAAUCAAGAAGAAGGUGGACACCAAAGCUAGCAAAGGCAGGAAGAUCAGGUUUCACAUUCACAGUAAGCUGAUGAAUUUCAUGGCUCCUAUGGACAACAGCAGCAUGAGUGAUGAAGCCCGGUCUGAGCUGUUUCGUUCCCUGUUUGCAAAUGGUCCAGUACACUGACUGAAACAUCUGCCUUAACCUGCUUAAACCCCAUUGUGUGUAUGUACUGCACUGUUCUCACACACUUCUGCUGCAGGUGAAAUCCUUCCAGGACCUCAGACAAAAACCACCUAGGUUUUUUUUUUUUUUUUUUCCCUGUAAAUGAAACUAAACAUCUCUUUUUAUUUGUAAAAUGACACAUUUUAGUGCCUUUAUAUUAAAUACCACUUUUGUCAACAAAUGUGUUUUGUUAACGUCUUCAUUGAUGCCUUAAUUUUACACUCAGUACAUGAUCACAUAUAGUAAAACUAUUAUGUACCUCUAUUGUAAUUUCCUUUCUGGAAGCAUUCUGUAAUGUCAUCUGAUUGGAGGUAUCAGAGAAACAUAAAUUAUCCACCCCAAGCUUUCAC